AUGCCGGUGGGAGGGGCGGGGGUGAGCGGGCAGUCGGCCAGGCCUCGUGCAGGUAUCAGCCAGGACGCGAUGUGCCUCACCCUGGCCGGCCCUCACCCACCAGCCCAACACACACCUGCCCCUGCCAGCUGGAGGGACCUCUGCGCCUGGCCAUGUUGCCCUCUGGGCUUGGACAGAGGCCUCAGCUCAUGGUGGCAUCUUCCUCUCCAGUCCUGGGUCCAUCCCUGGAUCACUUUGUUUCUGCGGUUCUGUCCCCUCCCUUGCAUCCGCCACCCUCAGGAGAAAGACGCUGCUUUUCAGAGCCUGGGUCCCGGUUGUCUGUACCUGCAGGAUGCUGGCAGCAGGACCGGCACGCUGGAGAGGUGGAGAGGGAACGGGACAGCCCCCCGCUCUGCCUGCACCCUGAGCUCAGCCGGCCAGGAAGCAGGUGCCGGACAGGCCUCUGCCUGCAGCAGGGGCUCUUCUGCUCGCACCCCUCCCUGUGCCUCCCUCUGCCCGGGUCUCCGCCUGGGAGCUGGGAGAGACAGGAACCAAGGCCCAGACCUCCAGGUCGUGGGAGUCACGCAAAGGGUGUGUGGCCCACAGAGGGAAGUUCCUGGCUCGGUGUGGCACAGAAGUCAUUCUGGACCUUCUCAAAGUGCAGCACGGGGGCUCCCUGAGCUGUGCCCUGGGGCCGAGGGUGGGCAUCAGGCUGUGCAAAGUCAGGUGCCCGGACAGAGGCCCCCCCCAACCUUGGGGCCAGGCACAAGGCUUCUCCAGCUUCCAGCCAUCAAUGGGGAAGUGCCACAUGCCAGGGGCUCUGCACCCACUCAGUCACAACUCUUUAGAAGGACCCACUGUGUGCCAGGCACCAAGAGCACGGCGAAGACCAAGGGGAGCGGCAGGGUCCCGCCCUUGGGACCCCAGACUAGCUGGAAGGCGCGGACAGACAAGCGUGGCUCUGCCGUGCACACCUGGUCACUGCCGUGAGUGUGACGGGGCCGGGGAGCAGUCGAAGGCCAGAGGGUGGAGCAGGGGAGGGCAGCGUGGCAGGGAGUCCAGGCCUGGGUCUGCAGCAUGUGGGCUGGGCGUGCCACCCUCCUUCCUGUCUCUCACUUCUUCCCGGUGGCAGCAGGGCGGCCCCGCAGUGAGUCAGGCAGCAGAGUGAUGUAGCAUCUCCCUCGGGCUGCUCUGUCCCCUUCAGCCACACACGUGCACAUGCUGGCGGGGCCUCCCUGGAAUGACGCACAGAGGGCAGGGCCUUGCCCAUGGCCACCCAGCCAGGGGGUGGGAGCCAGAGCUGGGCCUGGCCCCCUGGCCUGGGGCUCUCUCCCCACAACUCCCUCCCGGUGCCAGCGCAUCACCUUUACACACCAGACUGCAGGCCUACACGUGGGCCUCUCAUGUGCUUCCGUGGGCCUGACCUGGCCCCACCUGCCCGAGAUUAUCCCCUGGGAACCUGGCCACACCAGCCAGUCUCAGAGCUGCCCUCCUGGAACUGCUGGGCAGGGCUUCUGGGUGCAGUUCAUGCCCCUGGGCUGGGCCAUGAGCUGGGGCUCAGGGCUGGUGCUGCCCCUCUGUGCUGGCCCCUCAUCCGUGCAGGGCCAUUUUUCCUACUCUGCCAGGGUGUACACCUGGGGGCAGCCACGUGGGCAGCCCUUCCCUGCCCGGGAGAGGGCUGGGCUGGAGCCCUGGGUUCCUGAGGGCCAAGAGAGACAAAGCAGCUCUCUGGCCUGGCAGGUGACCCCCUGAGAGGCCCCACAGCGCCCCGGGCACACUGGCACCCAGGACCAGCACUGGGACACCGCUCCACGGAGCCCUGGCACGGGCCCUGCCUGUCGCCCUCUGUGGGGUGUCCCUGGGAAGCACUGGCACUCAGGGCACGGGGAGAUGGGGGGAAAGCUCUCAGGGUGUGAGCUGUGUCCUCCGUGAGGUGUGGGGAGAGAGGCUGCCGAAGGGCAGGGGCGCACCCGGGGAGCAUCAGGCCCCCACGCCGCAGGCGCUCAGCAGAACGGGAUCGCAGGGUGUGGCCGCCCGCGCCUGCAGACCCCAGAGAGCCUGGUAACCUGGCUCCGUGGAGGGGGUUCAUUCUCUGUGUGUCAGGAUGAGCUCCCUCUAGGGCUCUAGGGGAGGGCAGAGCGUCUGCGCGGAUCCCGCCCUGCUGCCGGGCCACACCCAGGGCACCUGCUGCCGCUGUGGCCUGGAGCUUGUGCUGUGAACUCUUCAGCACAGGACAGCUCGGGCGUGGGUGCCAGGGCGGUGAGCACAGGUUCCUUCCUCACUCCUCCACCCUGCUUGCUCCCAGCAGCUGCCCGCCCAUCCCUCCACCCCCCCCCUCAUCCAUCGUCCCUCCACCCGUCCCUCCACCCACCCACGCGUCCGCUCGUUCCCUCCAGGACACAGCUGCGGUGAUGUCCUCCCCUCUCCUCUGUCCUCUUCCCCCUCUAUUUACAUAAAUACCUGCCCCUGACAAGAGAAAACAGUCAUUUUUGGAUUGGGACGACUGUCCUCCCAACAAGGGUGGCUACACAGGAAGGGCUUUACUCUUCCACUGGGACCCAGAUUCGGGCCUGGACCUCUGCGGAAGCCCUGCGCUUUAUGGAAAGCCUCCUGACACCUCCGGGUGUGGAUGAUGGGAGGCAGCACGGCCGUACCCGCAUUAGCCAGGGGUCUGGGGACUAGUGGUACAGAAGGAGCCUCAGCAGCCCCUGAGCUCCGAGGCUGGAACAGCCCAGCUCUGCACUCUCUGCUCAGCCAGGAGGCCUUGGGGAUCUGGCUUUGAGAUACAGUCCUGCUCCAGGGGGUUUGCGUGUUGCUGCCACCUGCUCUGGGGCCCCCAGGGAAGGGUGUGUCCCAGGCUGGGCUGGCAGGGAGCUCAUUGCUGCAACCACAAGGGCUUAGGGAUCAAGGGGCCUGCGUCACCUCCGUCUGGGAAGUUAUGUAAGAAGGCAGAAGGGUUGGCCCCUUGGGGAGCAAGGAAUUCUGGGUGGAUGGAAUGUGACACGUGGAGGCCCAGGUGCCCCCACCAUGCCUGGGCAGAGGAGCCAGCCCUGAGCAUGAGCCCAGGGCAUGUGUGACCCCCCAGCCCCAGCUCCAGCUCAGCCCAGCUCUGGUCUUCCUGCCCCCUCAGGCAGUUCAUGAGCAACAGGCCCAGCUUUAGCUCUGGGUUGGUGGCCUCCCCCUCACACCACCCGAAAGCGCUCCUCCCUGAACUGGCAGCAAUGGUCAGGGGCUCUUGGGGUCAAAGAGGUCCCCGUCGCAUGAUCCCCCCUCUACACGCCUGCUGCUGCCCACCCUGGUGUCCCCACAGCACACCUCCUCGGAGUCCAGCUUUCCUACCUCUGGGCCUCUGCACCUGCUGUCCCGCCGCCUUCCCAGCCCCAACCUUCCCCUCAGAGAGGCCCCCAACUCCCUCUGCCACCACUGUCCUCUGCAGCCCCUGUCCGAGGCUCUGGGCCGCCAUUGCAGAUAAGCCUGCUAGCUGGGCCCCGUGCCUGUUCUGUCCCUGUGGGUAGCCCGGCACCCAUAUGACCCUAGUACGCGGUAGGUGCCCGCUGCCGUUGAUUUAAUGACUAUGGCGACACCGUGGAGUGGGGCGGGGGUGGAGAGAACUCAGGACUCAGCUGCAGGUGGUCUGU